GAAUAGCAGUAAAAAAAUAAAUACUGUUACUAUUAAUUAGGCCUAUUAUUAUUUAUUUCCUAUUUCAGUUCGUUGGUGACGACGAAGCAAGAAAGAGGGCAGCCUAUAAAUUAUAAGAUUUAGGCCAGGUAUAUCAGUCUCCUAAAUCUACCAUGGGAAAAUUGCGUUCUCUUAACCGUUUUAAUUCAGACAUUGAUGUACUUGUACAGUGGGACAAGGAUAAGUCAAAAAAUGUGGUCUCAGCCAAAGACUUGAUUUCGCCGUCAAAACUGAAAAAAGGAUCAAAGGUGUCAAUGCUAUGGGGAAAGGAGAAAUGGAACGGCAUAAUAAUUGAAAUUGAAUCGGAAUCCAGUUCAUCAGGCUCUGAAUCUGACGACGUCCCCAUUGCAACAUACUGUAACACACAUGAAGGAAGCCGUAACAGUCCAAAAGAAACAAGACCUUCAAACGAGCACCGUCCAGCAUCCUGUGAUAAUUUCACUUGUAGAAAAGAGGUUUGGGCAGCAUGUCCAACUUGCUUAUGCUUCCUCUGUUACGAUCAUUUUACAUUAUCAGAUAAAUGUAAUAACCACAAUUCCAAUUUUUCACAGCUUACUUCCAAUACACCAAAAUUCCCUACUGCCAAUGAAGAAGAAACAGAGGUAUCACUGACUACUCCUUCUGAUGUAUGCCGUGAUGAAGUGAUGUUCCCAGCACCUUCAAGUCAACCACCUACCCCAGAGGCCAAUUUUUCAUUUAUACCAACUAUACCUUUAAUUCAUGAUGUUAAUGAAGUAGAUGGGGAAAUGAUGUCUUUGCUUCUGUCAACUGGGCCUAUUCCUCCACUAUUUUCUGAGACUGAAGAAGUAACAUACCCAGUUCUCUCAACCGCACUGUAAUGAGUUAUCUAUAGUAUAAAUCUCUUAACUAAUGAGGGCGCACUUGCUAUGAAGAAGAGAAGUCAUGGCGGUACUUGUUGAUUAGUUCGAAUUACAGAAGUGAAGAAACCUGGUUUGAUUUAUGUAAAAACGUUGCCCUAUAAGGCGGGGAUAAGUUAUUAGAAGCCACAAAUCUUCGGUAAGCUAUCAGUUCUGUUGUUAAUAAUAUGUAGGCUUGCAUAGCUAAUAAUUGUGAUGUGUUAGUACUACUAGCCUAGGGACUGUAUACUGACUGAGAGAUGUGUGCACGCCGAGAACCGUGCACGUCGAGCCAGCGCUGUGUUGGUGGUGCUAGUUACGUAUAAUAUACACAGAUUGUUGACUCUUUAGA